AUUUCAGGGGUUGCAAAUGUGCAACAUUGAUUGGCACGGCCAACUGGCAAAUUGGCCACGGGGCCUCCGAUUGGGGAGCCUGCGCAGGCGCAGCUUAUUGUAUUACAUAACCUGGCCAGAACCAGAACCAGAACCGAUUCGGAAAAGGAUGCUGCCAGUUGGCGAAACCGAAACAGAACCACAACUGCACUUGUUGCUGACAGAGCGCGGCAUUUGGCGAUACGUUUCGCAUCGAAAACGCGACGGGAAAAAUAAUAUACCCUUAUACCUAACCUAACUCAACGAAUUAAAGAUAAUAAUCCACAAUUGCAGUCAUUCAAAAUGUGGCAUAUUGAGCAUAUGGAAAUCAAUUGUUGCGUGAACAUUACCUGAACUUUUGAGCCGAAAGAAAGAAGCACAUAUGAACAAAAUUAUGUGAGCGUGAAAAUUAUUUGUGGCAUUCGUGAGCAAGUCUUCAAAAGAAGUUGAAAGUUUUGCACUUUCUUCGGUUCCUUCUCCUUUCGGCAAUAGUUUAAAAAUUGUGCGGUUCGAAGUGGAUUAUCCAACAGACCCGAAAAUGGACGAUGAAAGCGAUGACAAGGAUGAUACGAAAAGCUUCCUUUGCAGAAAAUCGCGUAAUCUCAGCGAGAAGAAGCGGCGGGAUCAGUUCAACUCGCUGGUCAACGACCUGAGCGCCCUGAUAUCCACAUCCAGCAGAAAGAUGGACAAGUCCACGGUCCUGAAGUCCACGAUAGCCUUCCUGAAGAACCACAAUGAGGCCACCGACCGCUCGAAGGUUUUCGAGAUACAACAGGACUGGAAGCCCACGUUUCUGAGCAACGAUGAGUACACCCACCUGAUGCUGGAGUCUCUGGAUGGCUUCAUGAUUGUGUUCAGCAGCAUGGGCUCCAUAUUCUACGCCUCGGAAAGUAUUACCUCCCAGCUGGGGUAUCUACCGCAAGACCUGUACAACAUGACCAUAUAUGACCUGGCUUACGAGAUGGACCACGAGGCAUUGCUAAACAUCUUUAUGAAUCCCACUCCCGUUAUCGAGCCCCGACAAACGGACAUAAGUUCCAGCAACCAGAUCACAUUCUACACCCAUUUGCGGCGUGGCGGGAUGGAGAAAGUGGAUGCCAAUGCCUACGAGCUGGUCAAAUUUGUGGGUUACUUUCGUAACGAUACCAAUACCUCCACGGGCUCCAGUUCGGAGGCAUCGAAUGGCUCAAAUGGACAACCCGCAGUGCUGCCCCGAAUCUUCCAGCAGAAUCCCAGUGCGGAGGUGGACAAAAAGCUGGUUUUUGUGGGCACCGGACGCGUUCAAAAUCCUCAAUUGAUCCGGGAAAUGAGCAUCAUCGAUCCGACUAGUAACGAAUUCACCUCGAAGCACAGCAUGGAGUGGAAGUUUCUGUUUCUGGAUCACCGGGCGCCCCCUAUCAUUGGCUAUAUGCCCUUCGAGGUUCUGGGCACUUCGGGCUAUGACUAUUACCAUUUUGACGAUCUGGACAGCAUUGUGGCAUGCCAUGAAGAGCUACGACAGACGGGGGAGGGAAAAUCCUGCUACUACCGAUUCCUCACCAAAGGUCAACAAUGGAUCUGGCUGCAAACGGACUACUAUGUGAGCUACCAUCAGUUCAAUUCCAAGCCGGACUACGUGGUCUGCACCCACAAGGUUGUUAGCUAUGCGGAGGUUCUCAAGGAGAGUCGAAAGUCGGAGGGUGAAAAAUCCGGAAAUAGCAGCAGUAACAACAACAGUGGCAGCAGUAAGGUCAUAGCCUCCACGGCGAACAGCAGCAAAUCCGCAUCUGCCACCACAACUCUGAGGGAUUUCGAGCUGAGCAGCCAAAAUCUGGAUACCACAUUGCUGGGGAAUAGCCUGGCCAGUUUGGGCAAUGAAACUACUACCACCUCACCCGCAGUUGACUCCUCCCCCAUGUGGUCUGCAUCGGCUGUCCAACCGUCGGGUUCCUGUCAACUCAAUCCUCUGAAGACCUCGCGACCCGCCUCCAGCUAUGGGAACAUCAGUUCCACGGGCAUAUCCCCGAAGGCCAAGCGAAAGUGUUACUUCUACAAUAACCGGGGAAACGACUCUGAUUCUACGUCCAUUUCGGCGGACUCGGUCACCAGUCGGCAGUCCAUGAUGACGCACGUCAGUACGCAAAGCCAACGACAGCGAUCGCAUCACCGAGACCACCAUCGAGAGCAUCACCACAGUCAGUCACAUCACCACCUGCAGCAGCAGCAGCAGCAACAGCAUCAGAACCAGCAACAUCAGAGCCAGCAGCAACAGCAACAACAGCAGCAGCAGCAGCAACAUCAGCAGCAUCUGCAGCUGCAACAGCAAUUGCAGCAUACAGUGGGCACUCCGAAACUGGUACCCCUGCUGCCGAUUGCACCCACGCAGAUAAUGGCCAGCAACGGGUGCCAGUUCCCCCAGCCCGCCUAUCCGCUGACCAGCUCCCAACUGGUGGCACCCACCUUCCUGGAGCCACCGCAAUACCUCACCGCCAUUCCCAUGCAACCUGUGAUCGCACCGUUUCCGGUGGCGCCCGUCCUGUCGCCCAUUCCGGUCCAGGCUCAGCCGGAUUUGCUGCCCGACACCGUGGUGAUGACGCCCACGCAGAGCCAGCUGCAGGACCAGCUGCAGCGGAAGCACGACGAGCUGCAGAAGCUGAUCCUGCAGCAGCAGAACGAGCUGAGGAUCGUCUCGGAGCAGCUGCUCCUGUCCCGCUACACCUACCUGCAGCCCAUGAUGUCGAUGGGAUUUGCACCGGGGAAUAUGACAGCCGCGACGGUGGGAAAUAUGGGGGCUGGUGGUCAGCGGGGACUGAACUUCACCGGCAGCAAUGCCGUCCAGCCGCAGUUUAAUCAGUAUGGUUUCGCCUUGAACUCGGAGCAGAUGCUGAACCAGCAGGAUCAGCAGAUGAUGAUGCAGCAGCAGCAGAAUCUGCAUACGCAGCACCAGCACAACUUGCAGCAGCAGCAUCAUAAUCACACGCAACUGCAGCAACUCAACCAGCAACAGCAGCAGCAGCAGCAACAGCAGCAGCAACAGCAGCAGCAACAACAGCAGCAGCAACAGUUGCAACUGCAGCAGCAAAAUGAUAUUUUACUGCGCGAGGAUAUCGACGAUAUAGAUGCCUUUCUCAACCUCUCACCCCUGCAAUCCCUGGGCUCCCAGUCCACCAUCAAUCCCUUCAACUCCAGCAGCAAUAACAACAAUCAGAGCUACAAUAAUGGACCAAUGAACAACGGCAACCAGAGCAACAACAAUCGCAGCUCGAAUCCUCCGCAAAAUAACAACGAGGACUCACUGUUGUCCUACAUGCAAAUGGCCACCGAAUCGAGUCCUUCGAUCAACUUCCACAUGGGCAUCAGCGAUGAUGGUUCCGAGACGCAGAGCGAGGAUAACAAAAUGAUGCAUACUUCCAGCGGCAAUCAGUUGCAGCAACAUCAGCAACAGCAAAUGCUGCAGCAACAUCAGCAGCAGUCAAACAACUUCUUCAGUGCGAAUCCCUUUCUCACCAACCAGAGCCAGAACCAAAAUCAGUUGCCCAACGAUCUGGAGAUAUUGCCCUACCAGAUGUCCCAAGAGCAAUCGCAGAAUCUAUUCAACUCACCACACACAGCCCCGGGCAGUAGUCAAUAGCAGGUCCCCAAUGUAUAUAACUCUCUUUAGCGAUAGGGUCGAUUGUAAGCACUCCACCCCCGAAAACACCCCGUUCAUCCGUGUAUUAUCAAGUUUGGCCUCUGGCUCUCUUUAUCGAACCGCCUCCCAUUGGAAAAUCCAGAGCUAGUUGUAGAUCUCAACAGACUGAGUAUUGUCCUAUCCCCCGAUUCGCGUGUUGUAUAUAAAACUAGGCGUAGUAGAGUUCUCAAAACAUUCCGCUGUAAGUAGAUUUUAAACACUAAUAUUACGGUUAGUUGAUAGCAAGAGCCCAUCGUUUCCAUUAGUUAGCCUUAUCCAGUAAGUGCCAUUGGGGCGCAAACAGGGAUCUCUGAUACGUAAUCGAACCUUUAAGCCCUAUCCUAAGUUACUUGUAUUUAAAAAUACACCGAGAAGCGAUUAGCUAGCGAACGAGUUGAGCAAUGCUAAUCCAAUUCCAUAUUAUUUUCAAGACUGGGCUUCGCCAUCGAGGUCAAACAAGAUAUUAAUCAUACGAGUUAGUGUUUAUUCUGUAUGCACAUAGGAUACGUACAUAUAUGUGUAAUUCAAAACUCAGGUUGAGAUUGCAACUGACAUUUAUUUUGCUGUGAACAUAUUCCCAUAAGUUUUCUCCAGGCCCGAUCUUUUCCGACAGUCGAAAUACCAUUAGUUCAAUCGUUAUUCCCGCUUUCCCUGUAUUACCAUUUUGCUGUCGGAAAAAUUCGUUCGAAUAUGCUUCGAUCUUCAGCUGAUAAAGAGCCAAAUGCUUUAAACUUAGAACUUGUAAAUGUGGAAACAAACUAUCUUAAACUCAACUAAAACUACCUUAAUAAUUCUAGUUAACUCUGUGUUUAAGCUCUGUACAUACCUAUAGGACAAGUCGGUAGAACUUGAUUAAGCCUGUAAAUACGAAAUCGAAGGCGAUGAUAAUAUAAACCUAUUUUGUACAUAA